AUGAGGGGAGAAUCAUUCUUCAUCGGAAUGAGGAGCCCAGGGCAGCAGGGGUACACCCCUGAAGAUGGAGGCCUUCUCUUACUCUGCUGCAUAGACAGAGACUGGGCUGUCACGCGGUGCUUUGCAGAAGAGGCCUUCCAAGCAAUCACUGACUUCAACGAUCUGCCCAAUGCGCUAUUCGCGUGCAACGUCCACCAAUCUGUGUUUGAAGGAGAAGAAAGCAAGGAAAAGUUCGAGGGGCUGUUCCGGACUUACGAUGACUGCGUGACGUUCCAGCUCUUUAAGAGCUUCCGGCGUGUCCGGAUAAACUUCAGCAACCCUAAAUCCGCCGCCCGGGCCAGGAUAGAGCUGCACGAAACCCAGUUCCGAGGGAAGAAAUUGAAACUCUACUUCGCACAGGUUCAGGCGCCGGAGGCAGAUGGAGACAAACUACAUCUGGCACCCCCGCAGCCUGCCAAACAGUUCCUCAUCUCCCCACCCUCCUCGCCGCCUGUGGGCUGGCAGCCCAUCAGCGACGCCACACCGGUCCUCAACUACGACCUGCUGUACGCCGUGGCCAAGCUGGGUCCAGGAGAGAAAUACGAGCUGCACGCAGGGACGGAAUCCACGCCCAGCGUGGUCGUGCACGUGUGUGACAGUGACAUGGAGGAGGAAGAGGACCCAAAGACUUCUCCAAAGCCCAAAAUCAUCCAGACCCGGCGUCCCGGCCUGCCACCCUCUGUCUCCAACUGAGCGCACUGCUCCAGCGCAACAAUAAUCUCUGUCUCCUCUUUAUCAUGUCUUUCUUUCCCUUGUUGUUUGUUUGUUGGAAAAAAAA